AUGGCGGGAGGUGCCGUGGUCCAGGGGUCCACCGACCCUAACCGGGUCGAGGCUCCGGUUACACUCAAGGCCUAUCUCAUGUGUGCCUUUGCCGCCUUCGGUGGUAUCUUCUUCGGAUACGAUAGCGGUUAUAUCAACGGUGUCAUGGCGAUGCCUUAUUUCAUCAACCAAAUCGAGGGUCCCGGUGCUACUGAACUCACUGGUGAUCAUAAGUCUCUCAUCACGUCGAUCCUGUCUGCUGGUACUUUCUUCGGUGCUCUUAUUGCCGGUGACCUUGCUGACUGGUAUGGUCGACGCACUACUAUCAUCGGGGGAUGUAUAGUUUUCCUUAUCGGUGUUGCUCUUCAGACUGCCUCGGCUGGCUUAUCACUUAUUGUGGCUGGUCGUGUUGUUGCUGGUUUCGGUGUUGGUGCCGUUUCUGCAAUUCUGAUCCUGUACAUGUCCGAGAUUGCCCCCCGUAAAAUCCGCGGUGCCCUCGUCUCGGGUUAUCAGUUCUGCGUGACCAUCGGCCUGCUAUUAGCAUCGGCCGUCGACUACGCUACCCAAAACCGAAACGACAGUGGAUCUUACCGCAUCCCCAUCGCUCUCCAGAUGCUUUGGGCUCUCAUCCUCGGCAUCGGCCUCUUCGUCCUCCCGGAAUCCCCUCGAUACUUUGUGAAGAAGGGCCAGCUUGACAGGGCUGCCAAGGUACUUGGCCGCCUACGUGGUCACUCCGUCGAGACCGAGUACAUCCAGGACGAACUUGCUGAGAUCAUCGCGAACCAUGAGUACGAGAUGUCGGUUGCCCCUGAGGGAGGAUACUGGAGCACCUGGACGACUUGCUUCCGCGGCUCUAUUUUCAAGGGUAGCAGCAACCUCAGGAGAACUAUACUAGGAACUUCGCUGCAGAUGAUGCAACAAUGGACCGGUGUUAAUUUUGUCUUCUAUUACGGAACUCAAUUUUUCAAGCAACUCGGUACUAUUCAGGACCCAUUCUUAAUCUCCCUCGUCACCACACUCGUCAACGUCUGCUCGACCCCUAUCUCGUUCUGGAGUAUGGAAAAGAUCGGUCGCCGACCUCUACUCAUCUGGGGUGCCCUUGGAAUGGUUAUCUGCCAGUUGAUCGUUGCCAUUCUGGGUACAGUCACCCAAGCCGACGCCGCUGUUAAGACCAUGAUUGCUUUCAUCUGCAUCUACCUCUUCUUCUUCGCUAGCACCUGGGGCCCUGGAGCUUGGGUUGUCAUCGGCGAGAUCUACCCGCUACCCAUGCGUGCCCGUGGUGUCACCCUCUCCACCGCCAGCAACUGGCUGUGGAACUGCAUCAUCGCCGUCAUUACUCCUUACAUGGUAGACGCGGACAAGGGCAACCUUGGUCCCAAGGUGUUCUAUGUCUGGGGCGGUCUCUGCAGUAUCUGCUUCGUCUACGCCUACUUCCUGGUUCCCGAGACCAAGGGUUUGACCCUAGAGCAGGUGGACCGCAUGUUGGAGGAGACCACACCCAGAACAUCGGCCAAGUGGGUGCCUCACUCUACGUACGCUGCCGAUAUGGGCUUCACCGAUAAGGCCGCUGUGUCCAACGUCGAGCAUGCCACCAAGGAGGAAGUUUGA